AUGAGUUUGCCAGCAGCCCCACCCAGCUAUGCUGAAGCUACAGCAGGAGAUAAAGAACAAGGAGCUGCUAGCUUCACUUAUGCCUCCCAUCCGCCCCCAAUGCCACCCCCAACCAUGCCCAUGCACCCCAGCUGGGCUUACGUGCAUCCUGGCCCUAGUCCAGGGUAUUCCAAUGCGUAUGCUGCAGACAUGUCCUCCUCACCCUUCUCUGACCCCAGCUCCAGCAGCAGCUUCGACGGCCUCAGUGGAAGCAACUGGGAGGACAAGAAUGUCCGCCGAAUGUUCAUCAGGAAGGUUUUCUGUAUCCUCAUGGUUCAGCUCAUGGUCACGUUUGGUGUGGUGUCACUCUUCACAUUUUGUGAGCCUGUCCGGAAGUUUGUCCAGUACAAUCGAGUUUUCUAUCUGACCUCAUACAUGACUUUCAUGGGAACAUACCUGAUGCUUGUAUGCAGCACAAAUGCACGACGAAGAUAUCCUACCAAUAUGAUUCUUCUAGCCAUUUUUACUUUGGCAAUGUCCUAUAUGGCAGGCAUGCUAGCCAGCUAUCAUAAUACCAAAGUGGUGAUGAUGUGUGUGGGCAUCACAGCACUGGUAUGUUUGGCAGUCACACUCUUCUGUUUCCAGUCCAGGGUUGACUUCACCACCUGUCAUGGAUUACUCUUCUCCCUCAUGAUGGUGCUGAUGAUCACCGGGCUUCUGCUGUUCUUCACCGCACCAUUUGGAUAUAUCCCCUGGUUGCAUACUGCUUAUGCUGGAUUUGGUGCUCUGGUUUUCACUCUGUUUCUGGCAUUUGACAUGCAGCUGCUGAUCGGCAACAGGCGGUACUCUCUGAACCCAGAGGAGCAUGUGUUCGGAGCCAUCUGCCUCUACAUGGAUGUGGUCUACAUAUUCCUUUUUUUCCUUCAGCUCUUUGGGAGCCGUGAGUGAGGUGUUCAUUCUGUGCCCAGGCUUUGGCCUUUGUCUGUUACACACACAUACACACACACACACACACACACACACCCUUCUCAGUUACUCCAAGGUGAGGAGCGAACAGUCUUCCUUCAUUUUGUGUGGCAGUUGAAGUUUGAUGUGUGCUGUUGUUUUCCUUCUGGUCAUGGUUAGGCAGCUCUUUGCACACCCUCGCUGCAAGAUAACCAUGCUACCAGUCAGAUAUACACAUGCUGUUUAGGGUAGACAAUCACUGCACAUCACUUUUGUAUUUUCUGUUGAAAAUCCCAUAAUGAUUAGAAUUCCAGCAUACAUUAAUGAGAAGAAAACCAGUGUGUGUUUGAGUGUGAUUUAGUGGGGAAUAUAGUGACAGUACUUGAUUGUCAAUGGAUAUUAUCCCUUCGUUUGCACGUUGUAUAAAUGAAAUUAAUCUUAAACUUGACGGGCAGCUCUUUGCCGGCGAUCACUAAAUGUGUAAGUCUUUUCAACCUGAGUUUUGUCAAUCGGCAACAUUGUGCAGUGAAAUUAUACCAGAGCUAGAGAUGGACUUUGAAUUGCUUUUUGUGCAAUAAUCUGCUCUUGACUGGGAACAGAAGCUGGAGUUUACAGGUUGUGGUGAGUAAAUAUUUUGUGCCUCUGAAUGCUGGUUGAUAAUGAGGUUUCAGUGUUGUUGUAUGCAGCCGAUGCAGAUUUAUAAAAAAAAAAAAAUCAAUAUAUAUACUGUGUGCCAAAUAUAAUUCUGUCAUGUGACAGAGAUUUUAAAUGUGGCACUUGGUCCAACACAUCAGUCGUGAGGUCUGUGAUAUAUGUCUAUAAAUUAACUCGUAAGUGUAUGUGAUGCUUGAGUGUUUUGUUGAUUUUCAAGACACUUGAUUGCUUCUAUUUCUAAUUUUCUUAGUCACCUUGGAACAAACUGUUUUAGAUACUGAAUUAUCAGGUGCUGACCUAUUUGAAAAGAGAUGACUUAUUACAUUCAGAAGAGACAAAAGAUGAUAUAAUGUAUUUUGUGAUUUGUUUCAAGCACAUAGGGCUUAUUUUCCAUGGGCUUUAAUAAACUCUUGUCUCUUCAGAACUUGAGUGUAGAGAGUGUGUUUAUAUUUUAAUUUGGAAAACCUUUCUUAAUUCUUAAAACCUCAAUAGGUUUUUAGGUCAUUUAAACCUGUAUUGACAUUCCUCUUUGUUUGCAUUUCAAACUGUUUCUGUAAAUUAAACCUUCAUCUUUUGGAUGGAUUGGUGUUUCAUGUUUCACAGUGAAAGAGAUUUCGUUGGAAAGCCUCACAUACCUAUACACUUUAUUUCUUGAUUUAAGGCUAUUCUAACCUGAAAUAAAUAACAGUUUAAAAAACAAAAAUGUAUGUAUUUUUCCAUAUUUAUAUUUCACACAUGCAACUUUGUUCCUUUUUAGAUGAAAUGAAAGGCUUUGAAAGCUUAACACGCUUGGUUUUGAAAGCAAUUUUUUUCAGAGGAAGGAUUUAAAUUUGAGGCGAUCAAUGUAUUUUGUUGUGCAGUUCUUAUUGUUAAUGUGCAUAUUAAGUGUGAAUUUAUAUGGAUCACCCUAUGCCUUUCCUAUUUCUCUCUCUGUGCACUUCUGUGUCUACAAAAGAAUACUUAUGACCUGUAACUACUGCAUGAUCUGUGGUACAGAGACCCACUGUGUGCUAAUUUAGAACUGAAAAGCAUUCCUUCUUUUUCCUGUUAUUUUAUUAUUGUGCUGUUUUGGAACUUCAUCUGUGCUUUAGUACAAUAAAUAAACAGAACAGUAAAUAUUAAA